UCAACGCAAUGUGGUGUCCAGGUCCCCAGCAAUCUUGGUCAAAUAGUAUUUGCUUUUGUGGCGCUUCUUGUCGCUUACCUCAUGCCGCUAUGUACCAUGGCAUUCUGUUACGUAAAUAUCUUCAGUGCCGCCAGAAAACACGACAUUCGCUUAUCUCGGAUGUCCCUUACAAGUACCGACACCGGCAAAGGACUUUCCUCUCAAAAACAAGUCGCAGUCACCAUUUUCAUAAUGUUUAUUACUUUUAUCGUAUGCUGGACUCCUUACUUUGCCUACAUGACCUAUAUGACAGCACUCCAAAUCGAGACGACCGUAGAUGCAUCCAUUCAGAACUUUGGACUAGCCUCGUAUUUGUGCGCGUUUUUGAAUAGUUGUAUAAAUCCCUUCUUGUAUGGAUUAAGAAAUCCUCUCAUUAGACGAGAGCUGAAUGCUAAGGGUUGCCAAAGG